GCAAGGACCGUUACUUCGGAUCCGCGGACUAGCCCAAUUCCGUAAUCAGCUACUGGGCGGUUGUGGCCAGCAAGUGUUGCAGGGAUUUCGGCUAUGUCGAAGUGUGCACCGACACCUGUCGCUGCGGUCCAUCGUGAACGUGAUUGGUGAACCGUGUCAGCAGAUCGAGCAGAAAGGCACAAAAUCAACCAAUCUGCUGAACACACAAAUCAAAAAGAAAUCACAAAACUACCAGGGAUCCGAAAAUGUUCUCUCGAAAGGAGUUGCCCUACCUGGGGGCACUGAUUUUCGCGACGUUGCUGCACCUGAGCAAUGCGCUACAGCUCGAAGGACUCUCAACAAAGAAGCCACGCGUUACGAAAUACACCAUGAAGCCAACGUACAGCUCGGCUACCGCCGUACCGUCGUCGCUGUCCCUCUACCGUCUGAACGCCCCGAGCGGAGCGACGUGUAUUCUAAUCCAGACGGAUGCGCUGCUCAGCAUUCAGUAUCGGGACAAGUACAACGAGGAUAAGGAAGCGGAUUCGUUCCUGCCCGAUCAGAUGGACGUGUCGGGCGAGUGCUGGGAGGACGAAUCGCGCGUUACGCUCGCCUGGAAAGGGUUCGUAGUCAGCAUCUUCUUCUCGAAGACGCCGGGCGGCGAGCGUUGGUACGUGAACAGCGUAGACCUCGCGUACUCGUCCUCCAACAAACUGUUCGAGCAUAUCGAUCGUCCCGGGUUGGACGUGAAACUGUCCACGCCGCCCGGCACGCUCCUCUUCCCGACACCGGUCGGCAAAUCGUACACUUGUGACAAGGAGCUCACCAUCACGAUGUUCGCGCAGGACGAGAACGACAAGUCGGGUCACCUGGCCAAGCUGUACCUGCGCGAGCUGCGGAUGCAGAGCUUCAUGUACAAGGCGGGCAACAACUGGGGACCCACGUUCCAGUGCAGCGCCACCGGCACUUACCGCGACGAGACGGCCCCGAUCGCGGUCGGCUCGACAUUAGCCGUCGCCACCGUCUGUACCGUCGUUGGGUACGGCUUGUGGAGAUACUUCAAGGUAAAGAAGUUCCAGUACGGAACCAUGGCUUAAGCAACCCGUUAUCACUCUAAGCGGAACUGUUCCGGAUCGUGGCCAAACAGUAGAACGCACUAGAACAGCACACCUUGGGAACGAGCUGGAAGACGCAACACACCGCAGUUCCUGAAAAUGACACACAGACACAUAC